UGAUCAGGGAGUCUCACGGAAGGGGGGGGGGCAAGACAGGCAUCUGGUAUUGUUUGCUCACCAGGACUAGGUAGUAAAAUCAGAUUGCUGAAGAUGCCCCACUUCUUGAUCACAAGACAUAGAAAAUCAAGCUACAACUUGGUUGGAAAUCUCUUCCUUGCUGGCGAUCUCUCAAGAAGCCAGAAGGUGUUACAUAGGCUGUUGGAGAGAAUUGUUCCCAACACCCUUACUUGGCCGUGGACCCUGUGUGAACAGUACUGACAGGCUAGAUAAGAUAAGCCCACUAGUACAUCAGUGGUAGGGGAUACCCAACUGCUAUCUGGUUAGGUUUUAUGUCCACCACCGGAAGGAAUUCACAGUCAAAAAGCCUGUGGUUAGGGAGGUUAUGUUUCCCAAUGGGGAAGUACUGCUGUUGCUUUGCUAAAUGCACAUGAUGUUCCCAUUAAGUUGCGUUGUAAUAUAACUGUUUGUGUUCAUAGGGUACUAGUUAUCUGCUUAGGUCAGUGAAAUUUCUUCCUGCAGUUGUCAGUUUUGUCUGAAGAAAUACAACUGGUCAAAGUACUCAGAGCAAAUGACCACUGAUAAUAAAUGAGAUAUCUGUUUAGUCACUUAUAAGACUUCUGAGUACCACAGAAAGAGGGCAGGGAUGAAUCUAUGAGUUGGAGGAAAGGAGUUGUCGAUGCUGUUGUGGUGGUGACUUCUGAGCAUGAUAUAAGUGCUGUACUCCUGGACUCACUACAGCUAUGAGUACUUAUGUAAGACAUGCAUACCAUUAGUCCUGUACUGUCGAUAUUUGUUUAGGGAAGGAGAGAGAUUUGUGGAGUCCCACCCCUUCCUGAGGAUUCAUCCAUAUCAGUUGGUGGUUGAUAGGGGAAGGAGACACCUCUUUUUCAGGUAUAGCCAUUGACAAGGUGCUCAUGGCCCUGUAAAGAAACCCUAAUGAAAUCCACUGGGUUGUUAAAAUAAAAUUGAGACGUGGAAGCAGAGGAGUGGCUAGUUUGGAAGAGAAGGAGUGUUAGUGGGAGUGGAAGGAGACAGAAUAGGAUAAUGGGGCUGAAUAGGAUCAAAGUACAUUAUGUACACGUAUGAGAAUAUUAAAAUGAACUCCAUCCUUUAUAUGUAAUUGAUAUAUGCUAAUAAGAACUAAUCUUCAGUUCCACCUUGAAAAGAUGCAGUUAUAUAGGCAGCCAGCUGGCAGCAGUCUGGAAUGCCGAGGUUCUCCAGAAGGUGUGAUAUGCUCCAAUCAGUGCCUAAUAUAUGGUUUCUUUCAUUACUCAGGCUUCACAGGUCCAGCAUGGAGAUGUGGAAACGGAAAUGGUACCUCAUCAGCAUCUGCAGUGAGCCAGUAGCCAAACUUGUGUUUUGUGUUCCCCCACGUUUAUGCUAUGUUGGCCUAGAAGUCUUGAUUCCAGAAGUGGGGUUGCUUUGGCCAGGAGGCGCAGGAGACAUUCCACUGAUCUGGAAGCUAAGACUACUCUGUAGCCACUCUGGAAGCAACAAUAGAGUUAGGAGGGGUGGUUGACCCAGACCAAAUGGAAAUUGGACUUUUUCCCACAAUAGAGGUAAGCAAGAGCAUAUCAAACGCAAGGGAUUUGCAUUGUGAUUAAAGCCAAUGGGAAACUACAACAACUUAACCCAGGUACGAUGAUACUUAACCAAGACCCUUCAAGAGUGAAGGCAUCGAUCACUCCUCCAGGUAAAGGACCAAGAGUGCCUGAGGACCAAGAAGCAGAGGGUGGAGGGAUUAGGGAACGGGUGUGGAAGAUAGUUAUAACUCCAGCUAAGGCUACAAGAUCUGUUAUAGAAAUGAGGAUUAUUAUUGCCAUGAGUGUUCCUGUCCCAAUUUUGUUCAGAAUAUGCUUGAGUAAAGAGAUGCAUAUAUUAAGCAAAUAUCUGUGUUUUCAUUUUUUCUGAUCCUCUAGCUAGUAAUGUAAUGACUGAGAUGAUAUCAGUAAUUAAAUGUUCUUAAAUUUAUAUUGUCACAGUUCAGCUAUAAGACACUAAAGACUGCAUUCCUCCAGGGAGUUUGUCAGUUAUUCUUUGGGAAAAAUGGUGUAUUUUCACUGGUAAUGAGAUAAGUAUAUGUUAAGCUCAAGUAAGAAACACUUUUCAAGAAGCCCCUCCCCUAGAGUGGGUGGCACUUUUCAUUGGUAACCACCUACAUAAAAGGAAGUCUAGUUGGGAAACUGUUCUGUUCCUUGCCCAGAAGUCUUGCUGAAGGGAAACCUCCACUUCCUGCUUGUGAGAGUAUUAAUCCCUGCUGCAGCUGUCCAUCCCCACUGACAUCAGACUCCAGUUUCUCCAGGAUCCAGUGUGUUCUGAAGAUCAGCAGCUCUCCCGGAGUCUUCAAGGCGCCAGAUUUGGAAGUCUGAGGCAUCUGGCUUUGUAACCUGAGCAGCUGCCAGGUUCCAGCCAUUAUCUGACUGGGCUGUGCGGACCCACCCAGCACAUUCAGAGGAUAACAGGAGAUGGAGAAGUCAGAGGGAAGAAAGUCUGCUUCCCAGGACACAUCGGAGAAUGGCAUGGAGAACCCAGGCCUGGAGCUCAUGGAAGUCGGAAACCUUGAGCAAGGCAAAACACUGGAGGAAGUGACACAGGGACAUAGCCUGGAGGAUGGCUUGGGGCAUUCCUCUCUCUGGAGGAGGAUUCUUCAGCCCUUCACCAAGGCCAGAAGUUUCUAUCAAAGACAUGCUGCUUUAUUCAAAAAGAUCCUGCUUGGUCUCUUGUGUUUAGCCUAUGCUGCCUACCUCCUGGCAGCUUGCAUCCUGAACUUCCGGAGGGCACUGGCCUUGUUUGUCAUCACCUGCCUUGUCAUCUUCAUCCUGGCUUGCCACUUUCUGAAAAAAUUCUUUGCUAAAAAGUCAAUAAGAUGCUUGAAGCCCUUGAAAAACACCCGCCUGAGACGUUGGCUUAAGAGGGUGUUCAUGGGAGCCGCUGUUGUUGCCCUGAUUCUCUGGCUGGCUCUGGACACAGCUCAAAGGCCAGAGCAGCUGAUCUCCUUUGCGGGAAUCUGCAUGUUCAUCCUCAUCCUCUUUGCCUGCUCCAAACACCACAGUGAGGUGUGCUGGAGGACGGUGUUUUGGGGCCUGGGCCUUCAGUUCGUCUUUGGGAUUUUGGUCAUCAGAACUGAACCUGGAUUUAAUGCAUUUCAAUGGCUGGGAGAUCAGAUCCAGACUUUCCUGGCAUAUACUGUAGAAGGAUCCAGUUUUGUUUUUGGUGACACACUGGUCCAAAGUGUUUUUGCUUUUCAGUCUCUCCCAAUCAUUAUUUUCUUCGGAUGUGUGAUGUCUAUUCUCUACUACCUGGGCCUUGUGCAGUGGGUGAUCCAGAAGAUUGCCUGGUUCCUGCAAAUCACCAUGGGUACCACAGCUGCAGAGACCCUGGCUGUGGCAGGAAACAUCUUUGUGGGAAUGACAGAGGCACCUCUGCUCAUCCGUCCCUACCUUGCAGACAUGACCCUCUCUGAAAUCCAUGCAGUGAUGACUGGAGGCUUUGCUACUAUAGCAGGCACAGUGUUGGGAGCCUUCAUAUCCUUUGGGAUUGAUGCAUCAUCCUUGAUUUCUGCCUCAGUGAUGGCUGCCCCUUGUGCACUUGCCUUGUCCAAACUGGUAUAUCCAGAAGUAGAAGAGUCCAAGUUCAAGAGCAAGGAGGGAGUGAAGCUGCCUCGAGGGGAAGAGAGGAAUAUUCUGGAAGCCGCGAGCAAUGGAGCCACAGAUGCCAUAAGCCUUGUUGCUAAUGUUGCAGCCAACCUGAUUGCCUUUCUGGCUGUAUUGGCCUUCAUCAAUUCUACCCUUUCCUGGCUGGGGGAAAUGGUGGAUAUCCAUGGACUCACUUUCCAGGUCAUCUGCUCCUAUGUCCUAAGGCCAAUGGUUUUCAUGAUGGGUGUACAGUGGGCAGACUGCCCAUUGGUGGCUGAGAUAGUAGGAGUCAAAUUCUUCAUAAAUGAAUUUGUGGCCUAUCAACAACUGUCUCAGUACAAGAACAAACGUCUCUCUGGAGUCGAAGAGUGGAUCAAUGGCGAGAAACAGUGGAUUUCUGUGAAGGCUGAAAUCAUUGCAACAUUUUCUCUCUGUGGAUUUGCCAAUCUUACCUCCAUAGGAAUCACACUGGGAGGCUUAGCAUCCAUGAUGCCCCAACGGAAGAGUGACUUGUGCAAACUUGUGGUCAGGGCCCUCUUCACAGGUGCCUGUGUUUCCUUCAUCAGUGCCUGUAUGGCAGGAAUCCUCUAUGUUCCCAGAGGUGCUGAAACUGACUGUGUCUCAUUCUUAAACACAAAUUUUAGCAACAGAACCUAUGAGACAUAUGUGUGCUGCAGAGAGCUCUUCCAGAGUACUUUGCUGAAUGGCACCAACAUGCCUUCUUUCUCAGGCCCUUGGCAAGACAAGGAGUCCAGCCUCAGGAAUCUUGCUAACUGCUGUGACCUCUAUACCAGCACUGUGUGUGCCUGAGGCUGGUGGGGCCAUUCCAUGACAGUUCUUAUAGAACAGAUUCGUGUUACCAAAUACAUGUUCAUGUACUUAGGCUUCCCAUUCUCCGAGAACUGCACUAAACUGCACAAAAUGAAAGUCCUGAUCUCACUGUGGCUCUGUAUAAAAACCAGCACCCACCUUUCCACUGGCGUGCCACAUAGCAGAUAGGAAAUUCAUUAUAGACCCUUCUGAGCCAAAGUAUGGUGGGAAUGUAGCUAAGGGGGAAAUUUGUGUGUGGGAAGUGCUAGGAUGGAGAUUCAACCCCUAGCCAGGGCCAGAGUGGGGAGAGUGGGGAAAUCCAAAUAGAUGCUUAGAUUUAACUUGGGGAUGGUGGCACACCGCUGUGGUCGCUUACCUGUAAGCUCAGAGCUAAGGGGAUUGCCUCAGAUCCAAGGCAAGCCUGGCCUGAACCCGAAGUCUUUCACAGAAGUAAAAGAGUAGAGGCCAUGUCCUCGGGCAGGGGUGGAGGUGAGGGAAUAUAUUUCUAAAGUUAUAUGGGAAACACUUGUGAAUACUUAAGGAUAAUAUAUUUUUUAUUGCCAAAGAUUGUAUACUUAAAAACUCUUUUCAUUUUCAUAUAUUACUAAAAAGCUAUCUGUAAUAAAGUGUUUUUUAAAAGGUA